CUCUAGUCCGAAACUCUAUAAGCUAUUUACUAUUGUAGUAACUCACUCAUUCUCUUGGACGAGUUCAUCAGGUUUCAUAGUAAACAUUUCAAACUCCUGUUUGAACAUGUUAAUACGAGAAGUUUUGAUGUGCGAAAUACCUUCAUAAGCAGUUUGAAAUUUAUCCCUUUUUCUGUUGAUUUGCACAGAAACACUCAAUGUUACUCCUCCAACCAUGAGGCACAAUACAUCAUAUUGUAGCUUUCACAUUAUGUUGGAACUUCUUCUUUUCCUCUUCUUACCAUUUCCAUGUAACCUCCUUGACUUCAAAUGGACAAUCCACGACUAUGUCUCACAAGUCGAGAUCGGUUGAGAUGGUGAAGAGUUACGGUUCUUCCAUUAACUGUAUCUUAUACACCAUUAAACCAAGGAAGACGAUUUCGAGAAAAUUCAUCAGUCAAUUACAAAAUGUCACCUUUUACCGAAGCCAUUUUCAAUUUCGUCGGAGAUUGUUAAGUAGGCCUCUUCAAUCCAUCAUGUAAGUACCUUAUUUAUGAGCGCCAUCACUUUCUUCACGGUCACCUUAGCUUGUUGAAGUCUUGUUGUCUGAGACAAUAGCCCUAUGCCCCCCGAUUCAGCCCAUUUUGCAUUGUACUCCAAACUUCUACCAUUACCCGACGUGACAAACAUCACCAUUUACAUAGCAAGGUUUUCUAGACGCAAUAAACUCUGCAGCCAUCUCCGUUUCUUAAAUUUACUAUCUCUCCAUUUGCAAAACAAUUUCACCUCACAAGUAUACCGUCCGAAAAUGCGGGGGAAAGGGAAUGGACGUACGGUGCAAUUGGGUACAAUGUUAACUUCGAUGGACUUAGACUGAACUGGGCCAUGACGUUCGUACACUGUAAUUGGACCGGUUCGAUGGGCUUUAAUAAUGCCCAUUUAACAAUGAGGAUGGAUUCUCUUCCUUCUUUGCAUUUUGGGACAACUUGAAAGGACGUUCAUUACUUCCCAAGGUGCAUGUCUUCUUUCCAUAUUUAACAUCUGAAGGAGAAUAUUCAUGCAUGAUUUCUCCUUUGCACUUAUGGAAAGAUCAACCGUGAUUUUCAGUUGUCCAAUCACAUCAGUUCCAGAUCGUUUGUGUAUUUUAUUUUUUUUGUUAAAUUUAUGUGAUGACAUUCUUCUAAAUAACACAUACAUACAUUGAUCUCAUAGUUAAAUUAAAAAUACGUAAACAAGAAUAAACACUCCGAUGAUCAUAGUUUUGAGUUGGAGAAAAAGGAAGAAAAAAAGAAAACUGAAAGGACAUGAUCUGAAAUCAUUGAACUGCUCACCCAAAAUAAAUUCUAACCUUAAUUUCUCACUUCCAUUUCACACAUAGCCUUUAUUGACCCCAAAAAAAAAAAAAACCAUAAUACCAAAGGGAACACAGCACGUCAGUCGUAUAUAAACAAGUCUUUCCUAAUCAAACUUCCCCCACAAGUCCAAUACAAAGUCAUCAUUUCCCCACAACCCACCAAUCAUUUCCAUCAUCAAUGGCUUCCUUUCCUUCUUCUUCUUCUUCUUCUUCCGUCGUUACUUCUUAUGUUCUUCUUCUUCUCCCGCUCGUCGCUGCCAGUCUCAGAUACCCUGCGGCGGCCACUUCACCAAGGAAAAAUAGUAACGGCAACGUCGUUGGAGGAGGAGGGCAAGCCGAGAGGCUAAUCCGAUCGCUGAAUUUGUUCCCUAAGCACGGCUCAAACGUCGUCGUACUCAACGAUGAUGAAAGUGAUCAACGGCUCUCAUCCAUCGACUACAUGCCGGCGGCCGGGAUCACGGAGAAGAAAUUGAGCUUCAACGUUACCGGUGCCGGUGGCGAGUCGGUUCAGGAUUUGGGUCACUAUGCUGGUUACUAUUCCCUUCCUCGAACCAUCGGCGCCAGGAUGUUCUAUUUCUUCUUUGAAUCAAGGAGUAGUGUGAACAAGAGCAAGGCUCCAGUUGUGAUAUGGCUGACUGGUGGGCCUGGUUGCAGCAGUUCACUGGCUUUGUUCUAUGAGAAUGGGCCGUUUCAUAUUACUGACUCUUUGGGCCUUCAGUGGAAUGACUACGGUUGGGACCAGGCAUCGAACAUUUUAUUCGUGGACCAGCCGACAGGGACAGGGUUUAGUUAUACAACCUCCGAAUCCGAUAUUCGCCGCAACGAGACCGGUGUUAGCAACGAUUUAUAUGACUUUUUGCAGGAAUUCUUCAAGGGACAUCCUCAGUUUGCCGGUAACGAUUUUUAUGUAGCCGGAGAAUCAUACGCUGGCCAUUAUAUUCCUGCUCUUGCUUCUCGCAUUUACAGAGGAAACAAGAACAACGAGGGAAUUCACAUCAACCUUAAGGGGUUCGCUAUUGGGAAUGGGCUAACUGAUCCUGAAAUCCAGUACAGAGCAUACCCAGAAUUUGCUCUGGCUACACAACUCAUUACACAGUCUGAUCACGACACCUUGGCCCAGCUCGUUCCCCCUUGUCAAUCUUCCAUCAAAGCUUGUGGUUCAAAGGGUGGGAAAGCAUGCACCGAUGCCUAUUUCAACUGCGAGGACAUCUUCAAUCAGCUUAUGAACCUAGUCGGCUCCAUCAACUACUAUGAUAUCAGGAAGCAAUGUGAGGGCUCGUUGUGCUACGACUUCUCCAGAGUGGAGCAACUGCUAAGCGACCAAUCUGUGAAGGAAGCAAUUGGGGUGAAAGGCAUAGAUUUCGUGUCGUGCAGCGACGACAUCCAUCAGGCCAUGAUCGGAGACUACAUGCUGGACUACGAGCUCGGAAUUCCCGAGCUCCUGGAAGAUGGGAUCAAGGUCCUCAUCUAUGCUGGAGAAUAUGACCUCAUUUGCAAUUGGCUAGGGAAUUGGAAUUGGGUACACGCAAUGAAAUGGUCAGGACAAGAACAGUUUGAUGGAGCUUCCACGGUGCCAUUCAUGGUUGGAAGCACAAAGGCAGGGGAGCUGAAAGGGUAUGGGCCUCUCCAUUUCUUGAAGGUUUACAAUGCGGGCCACAUGGUGCCAAUGGACCAGCCCAAGGUGGCCCUGGAGAUGCUGCAGAGUUGGAUGCAAGGCCGACUUGGUGCUGUUUAGUUAAUUAAGAAAAAAAAGUCAAUCAAUAUCCAUUCAGUUGAAUAUUCUUUUCUAAUAAAAGGGUUUAGUAAUGACUAGUAAAAAUUUGGUGGCAUUCUAAUUAUGCACAAUGGUGUGGAGGUGAAUUGUGGAUUAACUUAUGAAAUUUUCAAAAUGGCCUCUGCGUUUUUAUUUGUAAAUGACAAUAUGGAUCUGAUGAUUUGUAACGAAAUGGUCAUUUAAUUGUCAUUCUUUAUCUAAAUUUACAUCUAGUAAUUUGACCCCAUCGAAUUUAGCAAAAACCAACAAAGUCAACAACAUAAUUAAGCACUCAGAUAAUCAAUUCACUAGCUAGACUCAUCAUUGGGGAACCAAUGGUAGGCAUGAAAAAGAAAUUCAGAUCCAAUAAGCGAUUUAUCAUGUGGGUUUUCAAUUAAAACUGGGUAUCGGUCGUCUAUGACCGUGAUGAGUUUAAAAUUUAGUACUACAGAGGAAUUUUGAGUGAUGGGGGUAGAAUUCAAAAAUCACAGCAACCUAUGGAAUGUGCUCGCGUUUUGGAUGUGGGGAUGAUGAGUUGAUAAUAGCCUAUUGUCUUAUCACUUUUCAAUAUAUAAUUACCAUAUAACCGAUACUUCAUAGCCUAAAAUCAAAUGCAGAGUGUUUAGAUGAGUUUUGAUAAAAACAAAUUUAUGGUUUGGAUGAUUUGAAAGAUUGAUCACAUUACUAGCUAGACAAUUUUUUUUAUGGAAUAGCUAGACAAAAUUUCGGAUGGAAAUUGACAAGAAUAAUCAUUUAGUAAAAAAUAUUUUAAAGAUAUGGUACUGUUUUAGUGGAAAUAAAAGCUCUGUGACCAUUUUGUAUAAGGGUCAAAGUUAAAUGAUCAUUUUGGACAUGUCUCAAUGUUUAUCGUAAUUAUGUAAAAAGGAAAUACAUUAUCCUUUUUCCAAUUAAAUAAAAUGCUAAAUUUCAUGAGGAAAGUUAAGCAUUAGGUAAGAAAUUAAAACAAAUAAAUAAAACCCAUAAGGCAAGAGAUUGAAUUAAAUAAACCUUACAUUAGGUAAGAACGAUAGAUAAGUUCAUUUAAGCAUAUAUAUACUCUUUCCAUGUUCAUGCGACUAAUUACAAUUUUCCCAAUUAAUUAGAUAUGAAUACCAUAAACAAAAAUGGAUGAAAAUAUGAAAAAUUAACAAUACUUCCACAAAUAACGUCGACGUAGUAGCUUCCAUGAAUAUAUACUUUCUUUAUAAAUUUAUUACCAAUUC